AUAAAAUACAUAAUUAUUUUUUAGGUUAUUUUCUGCUAAUUCGAAGUGUGAUCUAAGUGAAAUAGUGUAAUAAUUAAAAAUAUUUACUUUAUUAUAAAUUGAAAAAAUGUCAUCUGGUCUAGCGCAAGGUUUGGAGGAUGUCAGUCCCGAUCAAAUCAAAUCAUUCAAGGACUUCCUACUAUCCUACAAUAAGCUGUCAGAAAUAUGCUUUGCGGACUGCGUAUGGGACUUCACAACAAGAAGCGUAAAGAAUCAGGAAGAUAAAUGUGUUAUCAAUUGUGCUGAGAAGUACAUGAAAAUGAAUCAACGAAUUUCACAACGCUUUCACGAGUUUCAAAUGGUGGCUAACGAGAAUAUGAUGAAGAAUUCUUAAUUGAUUCCAGUACAUUAUUCAAAAAUAUUUCAACAAUUCAAGUUUUGUAAAUAAUAGCUGUUUAAUGUGUAAAAGUAAGUAUUGUAUUAGUGUUUGAAUGAGAUAAACGUUGUUGAAUGGAGAAUAAAUUGCUUUUGUUGUUUUAAAUCGGCUCAAA